UUAGAAAUUUGCAAUUCGUACAACUUUAGAGCCUGUUAAUUAAUAAAAAUUUAAUUAUACCUACCUAGUUUAAUAUUUCAGCUAUAACAUAUUAUAAUCAACAUAAUAGUAUGUUGAUAAGUCGUCAGUCCGUACUCCGUAGUCACGACGUUAACAAAGUCGAUAAUAUUUGAUACGCAUAUACGCAUGUCCAUUUUCACACAACUACCGCUUGCUGCCUGGCGCCUACUGAGUACCGGGUGUUUCUUUUUUGUUGUCGCUUAAUACUUUGUUAGUUCUGUUACUCGUUAGUGUUUUGUAUUUUAGUAUUUUAGUGUUCACCGUUCAUUCUCUAUUCAGUAACGACUGUAACUUCCUAGAUUGUUGGCAGGUAGUAGGUACCUAGUCUACUUAAUUCGUCUUCGUUAUUUCGGAUCGUGUAGUUUAUUUAUUAAAAUAAAAGUGUUCUUAUCGUUUUACCCACGGUCGCACAGUACGACAAUCUUUUUUCCAUGCUAUACAAUCACUGAGCUAAAUUAUUAUUUUAUUUAAUAGGUAUCCGUUACACCUUACACUAUUACCGUUUAAGUUUAACCACUAAAGCAACAUUAACAUUGACAUAAAGCAAUACAUAAUCGCAAGAAAAUAGUUAUCUGCAUUCUGCGUGCUGUAACUAGAACGUUGGAAUUUKUCAUCUGUAUAUAGAUUUUACCGAACGACCAAUUUUGAACUAUUAUGGAAUCUAUUAAAAGAGUACUUUCCAUACAAAGCCACGUUGUUAGUGGAUAUGUGGGCAAUAAAUGCGCUGUGUUUCCAUUACAGAUAAUGGGUUUUGAAGUGGAUGCAAUAAAUUCUGUUCAAUUAUCAAACCAUACUGGAUAUAAAACUUAUUAUGGCCAAAUAUUAAACGAAAAUAAUUUAUCGGAAUUAAUAACUGGUCUUGUAGAAAAUGAAUUGCAUAAUUAUUCACAUUUAUUAACUGGUUAUAUUAGAUGUCCAAUGUUUUUAAAGAAAGUUGCGGAAGUUUAUAAAAUAUUGAAGAAAAAAAAUCCAGAUUUGAUAUAUGUUUGUGAUCCUGUGAUGGGUGAUAAUAAAAAAAUGUAUGUUCCAAAAGAAAUAUUAGAUGUCUAUAAGGAUGAAAUUAUACAACUGACUGAUAUCCUUACACCAAAUGAAUAUGAACUAGAGUUAUUAACUGGUAUAACUAUAACAACCCAUAAUGACAUUUAUAAGGCCAUGAAUAUAUUAUAUGCUCAGGGUUGUAAGACAGUUGUUGUGUCAUCUUCCAACAUAUCAUCUAAUUCUGUUAUGAAAUGUAUUGGAAGAAAUUUUUCUUGUGAGGAAUAUGUGGAAUUAGAUAUUCCUAUAAUUGACCAAUCCUUUAUUGGCACUGGAGAUUUUUUUACUGCGUUGUUAUUGAUUUGGAUGAACUUAACUAAUAAUGACUUGAAACAUUCUAUCGAAAAAACGGUUGCUACUAUUCAAGCAGUAUUAAAACGCACCAUAAAAUACACUAAUGAAAAUGGUUCAAAGAAUCCAAUAAGCAAUAAAGAAUUAAAAUUAAUUCAGAGCUUGAGUGAUAUCCAGAACCCUGAAGUAACAAUAUUUAGUACUAUAAAUAAAGUUGGAUAAUUAUUUUUAAAUAUAUUUAAUUAUACAUCACAAUAACUAAUAAAAAUAUUAUAGUAAUUGUUAAUUAAUUACUAGAAUUUAAUUUGAAGGACAAACUUCAUAAUCCUAUAGUUAUGUUUGAGUUACUUAAAAACUAUAUAUAGCUAAUAUUAAGUAAUAUAUGAAAAUCUGAACUAUGAAAUAGAUUCAUGAGCUUAAAAUAAAAU